AUGUUCAGAAACAACUACGAUAACGACGCCAUCACAUACUCGCCCACGGGACGGUUAUUCCAGAUUGAAUAUGCUUUGGAGGCCAUCAAACAGGGCAGUGCCGCGGUAGGGUUGACGUCAAAGAAACAUGUUGUGUUGUGUGCGUUGAAAAGGAAUGCUGAAGAGCUUGGAUCAUACCAGAAAAAGAUUGUUACUGUUGAUGAUCAUAUGGGUAUAGCAUUGUCAGGGUUGGCGCCUGAUGCUAGGGUGUUGUCCAAUUUUUUACGUAGAGAAGCAAUGACCAGUAAGAUGAUGUUUGAUAGACCACUUCCAGUACACCAAGCGGUGUUUUCAAUAGCUGAUAAGGCUCAAGAAAACACUCAAAUGUAUGGGCAACGACCAUAUGGUGUUGGGAUGUUGAUUGCUGGGUACGAUGACUCAGGACCUCAUUUGUAUGAAUUCCAACCUUCAGGAUCGGUGUUGGAAUACUAUGGUGCGCUGAUUGGGGCCAGAUCUCAGGCUGCCAGAACCUAUUUAGAACGGAACGUUGAUGUAAUUCGUGAGUCGGAGUCGGUGGAAGCCUUGAUAGUGCAUGGGUUGAAUGCACUUAGAGACACGUUAUCUCAAGAUGUUGAGUUGACGUUUAAGAAUACUUCGGUCAGUGUGGUUGGGGUCGAUACCAAGUUCACCACCUAUGAUAAUGAGGAUGUACAGCAAUGGUUAGAUAAGUUGGAUUCUGUUUCCAACCAAAGAAAUAACGACGAUGGUGACGACGAUGAUGAUGGUGAUGAUGGUGAUGAUGAUAACAAAGAUGAUGGUGAAAAUAAAGAUGGCCUGGAACCAACCGAGGUACCUGAAGAAGAUAAAAUGGAUACCAAUGAGUAG